UACGUGGACAGCAUCCGGAUACGGGUUGCACAUCAGUGCCAGGUGUAGACACAGCAAAGAUCUACAGAUACAGAUUGUGCAGUUUUUACAUGGUUUAAUCCACACGGAGAUCUGAUCUCACCAUCAGUGAUCCGUCUGCAUGAGGAGACUCAAGCUGUAGCUGAACCGGUCUUCAUUGUCCAGCAGUGUGGUGAGAUGUUGAGAAUAACAGAUGUGUGACCAGUCGACAUCUGAACUGACACUGCCUGCACCGCUUAUGAACUGAGCUAGUGGUGAUGGCUGCAGAUAGAGGUAUAGUGGAAGACUGGCUCUCAGAAUUCAAGGCAUUGUCUGAAACGCAGCUGUCUGGUUAUGCUGGAGUCCUCCAUCAGAAAAAUACACUGGUACCGGCCCUCUACAGUGUCAUCCAGGACCCUGACAGUGAGCUGCUGGAGCCGGUGUGCCAUCAGCUUUUCGAGCUGUACCGCAGUUCAGAGAACUGUCUGCGCCGCUUCACGCUGCAGUUCCUGCCCGAGCUGAUGUGGGUUUACCUGCGCAGAGACAGACACAGCAGCGGCUGCAUCGAGGCUCUUCUGCUGGGUAUUUACAACCUGGAAAUUGUGGAUAAAGAUGGGAACAGCAAGCUGUUAUCCUUCAUGAUCCCAUCCCUGUCCAAGCCAUCCAUAUAUCAUGAGUGUCACUGUGUGUGUGUGUGUUCGUGUUCAUGUGUUCAGCCGUCUAGUCUGGGCUCCAUGGCUUUGACUGAGGGAGCUCUGUGUCAGCAUGACCUGAUCAGAGUGAUCUACAGCGGCCUGCACCCGCAGAGAGAGACCGUCACUGCCCAGAACAGGUUUGAGGUGCUGUGUUUCCUGAUGCUGUGCUAUAAUUCGGUGGUGGUCUACAUGCCCCCCUCAUCACACCAGGCCGUCUGCAGAAUGAGCUCACGGUUGUGCGUGUGCGGCUUUCCCCGUCAGCAGCUGAAGGCCUGGACGGCUCCCUGCAUACGUGUGGUGUUGGACCCAGAGUUCAUGGUGCAAAUGCUUGCUGCUGUCUAUCAUGCCAUAUAUAACGGCGAGUGGGAUGCGGGGAGAGAGGCUUUGGAUGACAUCCUGUACAGAGCUCAGCUGGAGCUGUAUUCGGAGCCGCUGCUGCUGGGCAAUGCGAUGAGGAGCUCUCUGCCUGACAGCGCUCCGGACGGAUCUCAGGGGAAGAAGGUCCUGCAGGUGGAGGUCACUCCUACCAUCAGACGAAUUUCCCACUGCGCCAUCACAGCUGCAUCCAUCCGCAGACUGCGCUGGAAGAGAGAGGAUGCAGACCGGCUGAGCGGAGAGGAAGAGUCCUUCGCCCUGAACGAUCCCGAUGAGGGCUUCUCGUCCGGCGCGUCUAACAGCAGCCAGCCCAGCGGUGUGCGCGGGAGCGCGGCGGCGCGUGCGGCCGGCCGCGGGAGCGGUUCUAAGAAGAGCCGCGUGUCCAGCGAGAAACGCGCGGCCGCUUACAGGACGUCCCAGCAGUGUCCGAUUCCCCUCGGCAGGACCUCCAGCACCUCCUGCACCACUCUGGACUGCAGGCCGCCCGUGGCCGACGUGGGUCUGAUCGAGGCGGAACUGAGCUCUGGCGCCGAGGCUCGCAGAUACUCCAUCCUCAGCCUGCAGGAGCGGCGUCUGCCGGAGGAGACCGAGAUGCUUUCACCUGGAAAACAGACCCGAUCGCCCAGUUUCAACAUGCAGAUCAUUUCACAGGUCUAGAACUGGAUGCCUCUUCCAUGGCUUUCAACAUUUAGUUGGACUGUCACUUACUGACAGAAGAAUUUUACCAAAAAAAUGAAAACUCUCAUUAUUUACUCAUGUCAUUUCAACCCUGUAUUCUUUGUUUCUUCCUGAAACAUAAAAGUGGUCAAACCUAGGAAGGUGAUUCAUACUGCCACUCAGUGAACACCGUACCAACAUCACACCAGUGAAUAUCACUUUUACUUAGUUUUCUACAGUCAAAUAAUAGUUUUGUAAAAGAGCAAAGUGAACUUUAAGUAGGUAUUCACUGAAAAAACUCUAUUGCAGCAAACACUAGUUCCCUCGUCACACCCCAGUGUGAUUUAUUUAACUCUUUCUAGCCAAGGAGCUAGUCACCGCAGCAUUUUUGAUUAUUUUCACGGCCCCCAGAUUAUUUAGUUGUAUGAAUAUCUGAACAUGCAAUAUGUCAAAAGAAAGAACAAAAUUGCAUUUAGUUAGAGCUGCAGCUAACGAUUAUUUUUACUGUCGACUAAUCUGUUAUUUUUCAGUUAAUCUAAUUAUUAUUUUAUUAUCAAUUGAUGAAUUCUUUAGUUAAACUGUCAAUAAAUAACAGAAACGUCUGCUAUUAAUCUUUUAUGAUUUUAUUCAAAUGUUUUCUCAUAAUACAUUACAAAAAAUAACAAAGAAAAAAAACAAUAAAGAAAAAUAACAAGAAAAGAGAGAAAAAGAAAUAAAUACAAUACAAUCAAUAGAAAUGCACAUUUACAGUUACUGUUUGGGACUGACAGCAGGUGCUCACAAGUGCAAGACUGGAAAUGUUUUGUUUAUUCAGCAGAUUAAAACAUCUGCUUGAAUACAUACAAAAAAAAUAAAAAUACAAAAUAAAAUACAAAAAACGUGUGGCAUUGGUACGUAAAAAAAAUGACUUUGGCGUGUAUAUGCUAUGAGAUGGGCAGGAUUCGGGAGUUUUUGUUUUUAUUUGGCGUACUAUUUAUACGCACUUUUCAUGAGUUUGGGUUGGUUCAUGAAAGAAAGAAAGCAGUCAUACAGGACUGAAAUGACACGACAGUAAAUGCUGUUGGUUUCCAUUGUUGGCUGAACUAAUCCCUUAAAACCCAAAGCGGCAGCUGGCCUGACAGGUGAUUUACCCAUCUCUCUCAGACCCCCAUCUGAGCCGGACCGACGUGUGCGAAUCGAACAUUGUGAAAUCUCAGAUGACACUCAACAAUAAAUCAUCUGUAGUCGACCAGAAGAUUUGAAAGCGUUACUGCGGUCUCUGAUUUGGAUCAUAUUUCAUGUAAACACUUGUUUUAUGGCAGCGUUUUUCAUAGUUAUGUUCUCAAGAUUAUUCUGACUGAAUUGAUCACAAGCCCUCAUGACUCUGAACUUGACAGACUCUCUGAGAAAUGGACAGUCAACAUAUAAAUUGAUCUCUUUGUGUGUGAAUAAUGUAAAAUACAGUUCUGUCAAAGGAUGACAUACUGUAGACGUGGACAGUUAGUGUUUUUCUCCAAACGCCAUCCUUGAAAAGUGCUGUGCUGCUCGGGACGUAGAUGUCCACGAAUGGGAUGAGCGUUAAUCUGCCGUCAGCAUCGCACGAUCGCAUCGGCGUCCGUAGAGUUGGUCUGCAGGUCAGGCUGUUCUGGGUAACGUGUGAACAGACGUGGUGAGUUUCCCAAGCCAAACUCUCUAAUAAUCAGACAUGAUUUUAUAGAUGGUGAAAUAAGCCUGUAAUAUGAUUAAAGAUAAGCAAUGUGUCAGUGUGUUUUGUCCAGAUAUAGAGACACUCAACAGAGAAGAACCUCUUGCAAAACAACCAACCACCCUGUGGAGACCAACAGGAGCUGUCUUGUGCUGUUGUGUGUGUUGUCAUGUCAAUUAUAUCUGCUGUAUCUGU